AUUCUUCAUGAGUAUGAGGUACGAGCUGCAGUGCGAAGGAGGGGCUUAAAGCUUGCCAAUCGUGUAGUAGAUUUUGAUCUUUAUGUCUCAUGAUAAUAAUUGAUUCGUAGCACAAUUAAAUUGAGAAUGAUUCGUUUUCGAUCGUGUUUCUUUCUCUUCUUGCUUGCCCAGCUGGCGUCUGCUGCUUUAUCCCUGCAACGUGGGGAUGCAUCCAAGGAUGACAACACAAAACAACACAAAACAACCGUCGUGUCCUCUUCAUCACCGUGCAGCGAUCUUGGUACGGCUUAUCUUUUUGGCGCGUUUUCGUACCGAGAACCCUCAGAACCCUCAGCGGAAGAUGAGUGCCCUCUAGUAGAGUUCGCGGAUGCUUCGGAUACCGAAGCAAAGAAACUACGAGAUAUUAAAGUAGAGUCCUCCGAAUGUCGUCUAGUAGACUUAGACGACGAGGACGAGGACGACGAAACACCUGAAGCGGAUCCUCAAGAGGUGAUGAAACACUGUACCAUGGAUGAGCACCUUCUAACACUGAUCAGAAGUUUUGCCAAGAUCGAGCUUCGAGACGAACCAGACUCUCUAGAACCUGAAGAUCUGUGGUGUGAUUAUCCUAGGGUUUUAGACCAUCUCCUAGACCCGAACUCUAGCUACUAUAGCGGGACGUUGCGGCCUCGUGUACCUCCCCGUGCUCUAGUAGGACAGGCGAUGGAUGCGACACGAGAGAACACAGGCUCACAGGGAUCUCGAGGAGGUACUGGAGAUGCAGUAGAGGAGCCAACAGCUACAACUACACAGGGGAAUGUUGAACCAGAUGCAUCAAACCAUGGGAGACAACUCGCUUUGCUCCAAGCAGGACGAACAAGUAAUCUUCUUGCGGGUACUGGAGAGCAGGUCAUAGAUGAACAGCUGCACUUGAUUGCUCACGGCAGAGCAGCGACACAAGAUGACCGAACUGUGGGGCGUGUGGAUAACAUGUUCUAUCGCGAAAUCAGUCCGCCUGCACCAGAUGGUGGAACAGCUGCUGCGGAGGGAAAUGCGGACAAUGGUGUCGCUCCCGUCACAGAUAGAGGACUUAAGGCUUGAGGAAAUUCAUCUUCCCCAGCGUCUUGCUUCCGUUCUGAAGGGAACACGAGCACGACCAGGAUAGAUGCUCACGAAGAUGGAUUUUUGCAAGUUGGUUCUAAUAGACCACCGGGAGUUGGAGUAGGACAACAACAUCAGUCUUCUCUAACAGUAGAAGUUCCAAAUGAUGUAGUGGCACAACAACACGAGGCACAACAUGACCCACACGGGCGCGAAGGAGCACCCAGUAUAGGGGCGCCUCCAGGGGCACAACAGCAAGCACGACAGUACUCUCUGCCAGAGGUGUAUCGGCUUCGCAGGCCAGAUCUUUGGCAUCACGUGGGUUUAGUCGCGUGUAUUGUACCUACAGGAGCUAGAAAUGGAGCAGCCUCAGCACAAAAUUUGCGCAAAUGGCACGAACCGCGGUGGCCAGCAAGAGUGUUUUGGAAUCAGAAGAUGUAUCUAGCAGGAGAUCGUGCGGUAACGAAGUUUACCAUUUAUGGCCUCCGAUUUUUCUUUCUAUUUCUGGUACGUCUGUGCGAUGGUUGUGAUAUUCUUUCUCAGUCGUGAAUUUUUUUCUCCCAGAGGAAACAGACUAAUGUAACUACAGGAAGAUCUCUAAACAAUGACGUCCCCACCUUCUGCUCGAUGCGACCCACCGAUGCCAAGAGGUCCUCAUUCUAGAGGCCACUCUCCUGCCUCAUCAACUAGUGCUGGCUCGGGUGCUGCGUCUCCGGCUGCUCCUCCGUCGUCGGCUUUUGUUAAGGGUUCUAGAUACAACCACUAGCACGAGUACAAUGAGAAAUGAUUCGGGGUGAGGACAAACGAACCCGGCGGAGCUGAGCCAUGCUUCCAUUAGAAGAACGUUCACCUCAGCUGAGGCAUUCUCUCGUUAGAAGAACGUUCACGUCAACCUCUCUGCUCUCAAGAGAGCAAGAGGCAGAAUCUCUAAUGUGUUCUAACUCAUGCCAGUGGCCAAACAGCUCUUCCCGUCACAGCUCUGGAGCAUCUCUUGUACAAGGCUCCGAUGUCGAACCGUUUGGCAGUGUUGAUGAAGUCGACGAUUUCCGUUUACCUCCCGCUGCUGUUAGCGUUGCCGAUUUUGAAGCUGGUGUAGGUGCCGUUGCGGGAGAAACUACAACAACAACUACUUCUGCAGGAGGUCGUGGUGUAUCUUCAUCUUCAUCUACUAUUCGAGAAGGACAAUUACAGCAGGAUGUGAUAGUGCAGACUUUCAGUGCUCCUAGCCUCCGAACUUCUAGUACAAGGAAUAGACCACCGCCAAACCGAGGGCCUCUCUUGAGUUCGCGUUCACCCUCACCAACAAGACACGAUCGAAGUGGUCCUACCCGUCGUUAUGGGUCUAAAAAAGCUGUUGGACCUCACGAUGAAUAUGUACGGGCUGGCGUUCUCUACCGUCUUUACCUUUGUCGGAAACGCGAGUUUCGUACGUGGAUCAGGGAACAAGACCAAGUGGCUACACAUAGGUUUCUGACAGGUCGGUUUCUACAAGCAUGGUUGGGUCGUUUCAUUAGACGCGAUGAGGGGGUAAGGAGUCUUCUCACACCGUCAACGAGUAGUGGUUCUUCUGUCCCUUCUGGAGGUAAAAAUGGGGCAACAUCAUCUUCUGCAGCUGGUGGUAGUUCUAGCAGGAUCACCAGUGGAAAUCACGAAGCAGGUGCAUUUAGUAGCUCCAGCUCGGCUCUCCCAUCGUCUUCGCAUAUUGAUCAUCAUAGUACUGUGCCUGAUCUGAGCAACCAUUGUUUCAUUGAGCGAGCUGAAAGCAGAUCGUCGCUUCUAGACUUUGACUCCGCUCAUUCUAGUCCCCAAGAAGUUCUAGACGAAGACAGGCAUAGAUUCACCGAUAAUGCUAUGAGGCGAAAAAGUGUGCUCAUCCUGAAGAAAGUAGGCUCUUUCUAAGUAGGAAAAAGCCGCUUUCCUUGAGUAUGGGUACACUUUUUCUUGUCAUAGAUGCGCACAUUGUCGGACCUUCCUCUGCUUUCGAAGAGACAUCAAGAGCAACACCUCCUCACUUCUCUUCUCGCUGGUCGAUCUCCGCUGAUUCCAUACAAGCGCUAGGAGAGAUUUUUGAGUCUUUGAAGCGAGAGCGCGACACACCAUUUCAAGUGGCAAUGGUGCAAUUGUCUGACGGCAGUGAACUGGUGAAGCUUGUCAGUACAACACUCUCGUUCGCAGUCCAGAGAGGACCGCGAGUUAAUGAGAUCGCCUUUUUCACAGGCCUCUCUUUCACGGGUGAAACAGGGGAUGGAAGUAGUAGUACUUGCGCGGCAGGGGGAAUGGCUGGAGUUAUGAUGAAGGGAAUUCAAGUGUAAAUUGAAUUUAUUCUCGAACAAGAAGAAGAAAACGAUCAAGCUACUACAACUAUUUCAAACAGCAUCAAUCUAUCAGUAGACGCUGCUAAUCCAAAUGCAAAUUUCUAAUCACCGUUCCACCAGUGGAGAUGGCGGCGCUGUGAGCACGGGAAGGGGUUAUUUCAUCGUGGACCUUCUCCGAAACUUUCGACAGGCUACUUUUACCGGAUCGCGACUGUGGCCACAAAUACGGUUGCGUCUGUGGAGAUGCUCAGCGUCGUAGCUGAUUUUUUAGUGGAAAAAGAUUUCAAGAUAUCGUGGGAUGAAGAAGAGAGCUCGAUUAAGUCUUUCCCGUUUUGGAGUCUCGCCUUUCCCUCAACUUCUUGCUAUGACCCUCCUUGCUUACAUCUGCAGUUGACCCUAUCGUUCUUCAAGCAAAAAUGAGAACCUGGUGCUAUUUGAUAUGGCCACAUGCAUGAAGAUCGCUUAAUUUUGUAUUUUUGGGUAUGUCGAUCUCCGUGUGCCGGGAACAACAGUGGGAGUGUGUGUCUUUUUUGUAAGUGUGUGUCUACGUUCCUAAAUGGGAGGAUCAUUUUGUUACCGUGCAUCGCUAAUUAAGAGUAUUUUGGACAUUUAGGUCACUUUCUUGCCACUCACUGCGUUACCGUUAUCCAGUUUUUCUUACAUAGGUCGUAGUCGAACGAAGUUGAAAAAUUUGAAUGUCUGCAAAAUACUUUCAUUUUGGGAUAAUAGAUAUUUUCAUGCGACAUACAAGAAAUGCGACUUACCCAACAACUAGAACUUUCACUAACACGGUAGUCCCACUUCCACAUGCCCUGAAUGGAAUAUAGCCUGAUGAAGUUAUUUGAACGCAUUCUUACACGUAAUACUGCAUUGGAUGUCACUCCUCAGACGACACUCUUAAAACCUUUUUUCAAAAGCCGACCCUGUCGAAGUUUAGUCAUCUCGAAGUUUGUCGAAGUUGCAAAUAACUAU